AUGUCUUCAUCUCCGAGCAACGAGGAUAUAAGCCGGGUUAUGGCAGAAUGUCCCAGUUGCUCCAGAGAUACAGCAACUAAUUGCUUAGAAAUGUGUGAGAACGAUGUCGAAAAGGCCAUCGAAAAAUACAGGUCAAUUGAAGAAUUCCUUCCACCAGAACCUCAGUCGGACAAUGAAAGCCUAUUAAGUCAUUCGUUUAUUGAAAAUGAUUCACAGGCUGAGACAAAUCAACUUGACUCUCCAGAAGUCCAAGAAGAUGGAAGCGUGAAUGGAGACAACUCAUGGAUGCCCAGGCUGCCAAGUCUUUCAGUUUCUGGUGCAUUUAUCCGCCGCGACCCUCCUGAUCCUGAGGUCUUUGAGCUCCGGGACCUUCUGGCUGCGAUCCAAGCUGGCCGUUUCGACGCCGACCGUGUCCGCAGACACUUAGGACAUUAUGAUAAGAGGAAGCUUCCCGAAUAUUUGAAUGAGGCCGUUGAUGGUUAUCCAGCCAUGUUUUACAUCGUAUCAACUAACAACGUCGAGAUAAUCCGCGAGUGGAUCAAACACGGCGGCAACCCGCACGCCGUAUGGGGACCUAAUGCUUUCCCCUUACUUGCUUUCUCGAUAAUUAAGUCAGGCCAAACGAUGCUCAAGGCAUCAAAUACACUCAAAACCCUCCUGAGGUUCAGCGCAGACCCACAUGUUCUCCCUAAGGCCUUCUAUGAACCUUACUGCCGAGACUUGCCAGAAGGUGGACCAGUUCAAGAAGAACUUGUCGACAUCAAUGAUGACAACAAGAGAUGGUGUACAGAGGAAGUACGGGCACGCCUUUCUGAGACUUUGAAUCUCACCCAGCGAUAUGACCUAUACAGAGCCAGCAAGAUCAAACCCCGCUCCGGCCGUGAGAAAGAAGUGUUAAAUAGACAGGGAGCUGGAGAGGUCCUAGGGCUUCACCAGAUGAUUGUCGCCCAGUCAGUAGCGACGCGCUGGCUACAGAACAAACUUUUAGUGAAUCUAGCUCUUCAAAAGAAAAAGCCGUUCAUUGUGGUUUUUGCAGGACCCAGUGGUCACGGCAAAACGGAACUUGCCAAGAAGUUUGGAGAGCUAAUGUCGUUGGAGCUAGAAGAAGUCGACUGUACCAUAUUCGACAAAGACAUGGAAUUGUUCGGCCCACGUCCAGGAAUCCAAGGAAGCGAAGAUGGCACAAAGUUGAAUAAUUUCUUGGCUCGAAAGUCUGGGCAGCGAAGCAUCAUCUUUAUGGACGAGUUUGAAAAGACCAGUGAAGAAAUUCAUAAUACGCUUUUGUUGCCUUUUCAAGAUGGACGUUACGAGGACCGCCGCAAUGGGAAGAAUAUCGACUGUUCCAAGACCAUAUGGAUCCUCGCAACUAACCAGCUCGAUGAGCAUAUACAUGCCUACUGUGAAGCCAACGAACAGGUCCUCUUCCAUUCAGAAGACCAAGACGCGCAGGACAGGCUGGUGGAAAAAUUGUGUCGCCAACUCAGAAAAGAACUUACCGGAAGUUUUGGCGCGCCAUUGAGCGGUCGUAUUACCGAAAUCCUGCCUUUCCUAGUGUUUUCGCCACAGGAAGCAGCCGUAAUAGCUCACCGACAACUAAUGAACUUGGAAGCCGAAGUUUUACGGCAUGUGCAUCUGUCCUUAAACAAAGAAGAGGACGUGUAUGUUGGAAAUAUCAACAUCAGUAUCAAGAAUGACGCAACAAUAUGCACGACCAUCACUCGCGACGAGUAUGAUAAGCAGACCGGUGCUCGAAGUAUCAACUUGGCUGUAGAACGCAUUGUUCAGGACCCGCUCGUCAGCAAGUAUCUGAAGGAUGGCGACGAGUUCGACGAGAAUCAGCCGACUACAUCUUUCAUCAUUGAUGUCGACGUCGACGGGGAGAUUGAAGUACGGCUCGUGUCAUGA